GCGGCCUUCUUCUUUUCCUGGAUUAAAGAGUCCUCUUUCCUCACAGUCCACCGUUAUCCCAGGAUGCAAUGCGCGCCUGUGACGAGGAAACAAAGAAAAUGUCGGUCCGGUCUCAGAGAGAAGGGCAGCACGUGAGGAGUAACUGAUAAUAUGAGUGUUGGGUUUAACUUACUUUAAUAACUGAUGAAUACAUCCAGCAGCUGGUGGUGGUUAAAGAAGAGGUUCCCCCUCAGCAGCAGGAGUGGAGCUCCAUUCCAUCUUUUAAACAAGGAAGACAUUUAAAGGAGCACAUUCAAAUCCACACAGGAGAGAAGCCAUUCAGCUGCUCAGUCUGUGAGAAAAUGUUUGCAGGGAGAGGAAGUUUCAAUCGGCACAUUGCAAUACACAGAGAGAAACCAUUCAGCUGCUCAGUCUGUGAGAAAAUGUUUCCAGGGAGAGGAAGUUUAAAUCGGCACAUGGGAAGCCACAUAGGAGAUAAUUCAUUCAGCUGCUCAAUUUGUAAGAAAUCUUUUGCAGCGAGAGGAGGUUUAAAUAUGCACAUGUUAAUACACACAGGAGAGAAACCAUUCAGCUGCUCAGUCUGUAAGAAAUCUUUUGCGGGGAGAGGAAGUUUAAAUCGGCACAUGAGAAUCCACACAGGAGAGAAACCAUUCAGCUGCUCAGUCUGUAAGAAAUAUUUUGCAGGGAGAGGAAGUUUAAAUAUGCACAUGUUAAUACACACAGGAGAGAAACCAUUCAGCUGCUCAGUCUGUAAGAAAUCUUUUGCAGGGAGAGGAAGUUUAAAUCGGCACAUGAGAAUCCACACAGGAGAGAAACCAUUCAGCUGCUCAGUCUGUAAGAAAUCUUUUGCAGGGAGAGGAAGUUUAAAUAUGCACAUGUUAAUACACACAGGAGAGAAACCAUUCAGCUGUUCAGUCUGUAAGAAAUCUUUUGCAGGGAGAGGAACUUUAAAGUGCCACAUUAGAAUCCACACAAGAGAGAAACCAUACAGCUGCAGUGUUUGUGGCACAAGAUUCACCUGGAGUCGUCAGGUCAAAACCCAUGCGUGUGUUGGUCGUCAGUCCUUACAGCUUCAUCAAACUCAGACUGACGAGAACAGAGAAUUAGAGCCUCCAGCCAGCAGCUCAGCUGAACACAUGGAAACAGAAGCUGAUGGAGAGGACUGUGGAGGACCAGAACCAGCCAGGAACUCAGAUCCAGAGAGAUAUUUACAACCAGAGACUGAGGACAACAAAAAGGAUGACAUAUUCUGUUCAUUUUCAGACAUCCAGCAGCUGGUGGUGGUUAAAGAAGAGGUUUCCCCUCAGCAGCAGGAGUGGAGUUCCAGUCUGGACCAGGAGGACCCAGAGCCCCCCCCACACAUUAAAGAGGAACAGGAGGAACUCUGGAGCAGUCAGGAGGGAGAGCAGCUUCAAGCGCUGGAGGAGGUUGAUGUUACCAAGCCCACAUUCACUCCUGUCCCUGUGAAGAGUGAAGAUGAUGAAGAGAAACCUCAGUCCUCUCAGCUUCAUCAAAGACAAACUGAACACCUGGAAACAGAAGCUGAUGGAGAGGACUGUGGAGGACCAGAACCAGCCAGGAGCUCAGAUCCAGAGAGACAUUUACAACCAGAGACUGAGGACAACUCUGGAGACACUUCUGAACCUGACACUGAAGACAGUGCUGAUUGGAAGAAGACCAGAGAACCAGGUUCAAACUCUCAGAGAAAUAAACAAGACCCUGUCAGUGAUUCAAGACGUAGUGCAGGAGAGAAACCAUUCGUCUGCUCAGUCUGUAAGAAAGCUUUUACAAAGAGAGCAAAUUUAAAGGAGCACUUGAGAAACCACACAGGAGAGAAACCAUUCAGCUGCGCCGUCUGUGAAAAUACAUUUGCACGGAAAAGAUAUUUAACUGUGCACAUGAGAAGCCAUACAGGAGAGAAACCAUUCAGUUGCUCAGUAUGUAAGAAAUCUUUUGCAGUGAGAGGACGUUUAAAGUCCCACAUGAGAAUACACACAGGAGAGAAACCAUUCAAUUGCUUAGUCUGUGAAACAUCUUUUAAACGGAGAGAAAGUUUAAAGGGCCACAUGAGGAUACACACAGGAGAGAAACCAUUCAGCUGCAGUAUUUGUGACAGAAAGUUCACCUGGCGUUAUGAGGUCAAAACACAUAAGUGUGUUGGCCGUCAGUCAUCACAGAUUCAUCAAACUGAGGAGAACAGAGAGGCAGAGCCUCCUGCCAGCAGCUCAGCUGAACACCUGGAAACAGAAGCUGAUGGAGAGGACUGUGGAGGAACAGAACCAGCCAGGAACUCAGAUCCAGAGAGACAUUUACAACCUGAGACGGAGGACAACCCUGGAGACUCUUCUGAACCUGACACUGAAGACAGGGCUGAUUGGAAGAAGACCAGAGAACCAGGUUCACACUCUUUGAGAAAUAAACAAGAAACUGUCAGUGAUUCAAGACGUAGUGCAGGAGAGAAACCAUUAAUCUGCUCAGUCUGUAAGAAAGCUUUUACACAGAGAGCACAUUUAAAGGAGCACAUGAGAAACCACACAGGAGAGAAACCAUUCAGCUGCUCAGUCUGUGAGAAUACAUUUGCACGGAAAGGAUAUUUAAAUGUGCACAUGAGAAGCCAUACAGGAGAGAAACCAUUCAGCUGCUCAGUCUGUAAGAAAUCUUUUGCAGUGAGAGGAAGUUUAAAGGCCCACAUGAGAAUACACACAGGAGAGAAACCAUUCAGUUGCUUGGUCUGUGAUACCUCUUUUAAACGGAGAGAAAGUUUAAACGCCCACUUGAGGAUACACACAGGAGAGAAACCAUUUAGCUGCUUAUUCUGUGAUACAGUUUUUAAGCGGAGGGACAGUUUAAAGGGCCACAUGAGGAUACACACAGGAGAGAAACCAUUCAGCUGCAGUAUUUGUGACAAAAAGUUCACCUUGAGUCAACAGGUCAAAAGACAUAAGUGUAUUGGUCAUCAGUCCUCACAGCUUCAUCAAACUGAGGAGAACAGAGAGGCAGAGCCUCAAGCCAGCAGCUCAGCUGAGCACCUGGAAAUAGAAGCUGAUGGAGAGGACUGUGGAGGACCAGAACCAGCCAGGAACUCAGAUCCAGAGAGACAAUUGCAACCAGUGACUGAGGACAACCCUGGAGACUCUUCUGAACCUGGGACUGAAGACAGGGCUGAUUGGAAGAAGACCAGAGAACCAGGUUUAAACUCUCAGAGAAAUAAACAAGAAACUGUCAGUGAUUCAAGACGUAGUGCAGGAGAGAAACCAUUCAGCUGCUCAGUCUACGUCCAGCAGCUGGUGGUUAAAGAAGAGGUUUCCCCUGAGCAGCAGGAGUGGAGCUCCAGUCUGGACCAGGAGGACCCAGAGCCCCCCCCACACAUUAAAGAGGAACAGGCGGAACUCUGGAGCAGUCAGGAGGGAGAGCAGCUUCAAGGGCUGGAGGAGGCUGAUAUCACCAAGUUCACAUUCACUCCUGUCCCUGUGAAGAGUGAAGAUGAUGAAGAGAAACCUCAGUCCUCUCAGCUUCAUCAAAGACAAACUAAACACCUGGAAACAGAAGCUGAUGGAGAGGACUGUGGAGGACCAGAACCAGCCAGGAACUCAGAUCCAGAGAGACAUUUACAACCAGAGACUGAGGACAAUGACAAGGAUGACAUAUUCUGUUCAUUUUCAGACGUCCAGCAGCUGGUGGUGGUUAAAGAAGAGGUUCCCCCUGAGCAGCAGGAGUGGAUCUCCAGUCUGGACCGGGAGGACCCAGAGCCCCCCCCACACAUUAAAGAGGAACAGGAGGAACUCUGGAGCAGUCAGGAGGGAGAGCAGCUUCAAGGGCUGGAGGAGACUGAUAUCACCAAGUUCACAUUCACUCCUGUCCCUGUGAAGAGUGAAGAUGAAGAAGAGAAACCUCAGUCCUCUCAGCUUCAUCAAAGACAAACUGAACUCCUGGAAACAGAAGCUGAUGGAGAGGACUGUGGAGGACCAGAACCAGCCAGGAACUCAGAUCCAGAGAGACAUUUACAACCAGAGACUGAGGACAACUCUGGAGACACUUCUGAACCUGACACUGAAGACAGGGCUGAUUGGAAGAAGACCAGAGAACCAGGUUCAAAGUCUCAGAAAAAUAAACAAGAAACUGUCAGUGAUUCAAGACGUAGUGCAGGAGAGAAACCAUUCAUCUGCUCAGUCUGUAAGAAAGCUUUUACACAGAGAGCACAUUUAAAGGAGCACAUGAAAAUCCACACAGGAGAGAAACCAUUCAGCUGCUCAGUCUGUGAGAAUACAUUUGCACGGAAAGGAUAUUUAAAUCUGCACAUGAGAAGCCACACAGGAGAGAAACCAUUCAGCUGUUCAGUCUGUAAGAAAUCUUUUGCAGUGAGAGGAAGUUUAAAGGACCACAUGAGAAUACACACAGGAGAGAAACCGUUCAGUUGCUUAGUCUGUGAUACAUCUUUUAAACGGAGAGACAGUUUAAAGGGCCACAUGAGGAUACACACAGGAGAGAAACCAUUCAGCUGCAGUAUUUGUGACAAAAAGUUCGCCUGGAGUCAAAAGGUCAAAAGACAUAAGUGCAUUGGUCGUCAGUCCUCACAGCUUCAUCAAACUCAAACUGAGGAGAACCGAGAGGCAGAGCCUCCAGCCAGCAGCUCAGCUGAACACAUGGAAACAGAAGCUGAUGGAGAGGACUGUGGGGGACCAGAACCAGCCAGGAACUCAGAUCCAGAGAGACAUUUACAACCAGAGACUGAGGACAACCCUGGAGACUCUUCUGAACCUCGGAUUGAAGACAGGGCUGAUUGGAAGAAGACCAGAGAACCAGACGUCCAGCAGCUGGUGGUGGUUAAAGAAGAGGUUCCCCCUGAGCAGCAGGAGUGGAGCUCCAGUCUGAACCAGGAGGACCCAGAGCCCCCCCCACACAUUAAAGAGGAACAGGAGGAACUCUGGAGCAGUCAGGAGGGAGAGCAGCUUCAAGCGCUGGAGGAGGCUGAUAUCAUCAAGUUCACAUUCACUCCUGUCCCUGUGAAGAGUGAAGAUGAUGAAGAGAAACCUCAGUCCUCUCAGCUUCAUCAAAGACAAACUGAACACCUGGAAACAGAAGCUGAUGGAGAGGACUGUGGAGGACCGGAACUAGCCAGGAACUCAGAUCCAGAGAGACAUUUACAACCAGAGACUGAGGACAACCCUGGAGACUCUUCUGAACCUGACACUGAAGACAGUGCUGAUUGGAAGGAGACCAGAGAACCAGGUUCAAACUCUCAGAGAAAUAAACAAAACUCUGUCAAUGAUUCAAGACGUAGUGCAGGAGGGAAACUAUUCAGCUGCUCCGUCUGUAAGAAAUCUUUUAAACACGAACGACAUUUAAAGCAACACAUGAAAAUCCACACAGGACAGAAACCAUUCAGCUGCUCAGUCUGUAAUAAAUCUUUUAAACACAGUGGAACUUUAAAGCAGCACUUGAGAAACCACACAGGAGAGAAACUUUUUAUCUGCUCAAUUUGUAAGAAAUCUUUUGCAGUGAGAGGACAUUUAAAGGGCCACAUGAGAAUACACACGGGAGAGAAACCAUUCAGCUGCAGUAUUUGUGACAAAAGAUUCACCUGGAGUCAUCAUGUCAAAAGACAUAAGUGUGUUGGUCGUCAGUCCUCACAGCUUCAUCAAACUCAAACUGAGGAGAACAGAGAGGCAGAGCCUCCAGCCAGCAGCUCAGCUGAAUACCUGGAAACAGAAGCUGGUGGAGAGGACUGUGGAGGACCAGAACCAGCCAGGAACUCAGAUCCAGAGAGACAUUUACAACCAGAGACUGAGGACAACCCUGGAAACUCUUCAUGAACCUGACACUGAAGACAGGGCUGAUUGGAAGGAGACCAGAGAACCAGACGUCCAGCAGCUGGUGGUGGUUAAAGAAGAGGUUCCCCCUGAGCAGCAGGAGUGGA